CGGCGACUUCGACUUCGUGUUCGUGACAGAUACAGACUCCGCUUUCAACGCUAUUUCGGUAUUCCGUACCAAUCCCCUCCUCAAUACACCUAUAUAUAUAUAUUCACGUAUCUAUCUCAUGUUGCUAUUCAAUUUCAAUUCAUACAACCAUGGCUUUUCUCAAAUCUGUGGCUCUCUUCCUGUUCUUCGUCUUCCUGGGUUUCUCGUCGGCGCUGGAUAUGUCCAUCAUUGACUACGAUGUAAAGCACGGGAUCGGUGUCGCUGGUGGGAGGAACGAGGCCCAGAUGAGGAGGAUUUACGAGAGUUGGCUUGUCAGACAUCGCAAAUCCUUCAACGCCUUGGGGGAGAAGGAAAGGCGGUUUCAGGUUUUCAAGGACAAUCUCAGGUUCGUCGAGGAGCAUAACUCGGUGAACAGGAGUUAUAAGGUUGGAUUGAAUCGGUUUGCCGAUCUCACCAACGAGGAGUACCGAUCCCUGUUUUUGGGUGCCAAGAUGGAGAGGAAGGAAAGGCUGUUGAAGGGUCAGAGCCAGCGAUAUGCUUUCAGGGCAGGCGAGGACCUGCCGGAAUCUGUUGAUUGGAGAGCAAAAGGCGCUGUUGCGCCUGUCAAGGAUCAAGGACAGUGUGGAAGUUGCUGGGCCUUCUCAACUGUUGGCGCGGUAGAGGGUAUAAACCAGAUUGUUACUAAGGAACUGAUUUCUUUGUCGGAGCAGGAGCUGGUGGAUUGUGAUAGAACAUAUAACCAGGGAUGCAAUGGAGGUCUCAUGGACUACGCUUUUGACUUUAUUAUCAAGAAUGGCGGUAUUGAUACUGAAGAAGAUUACCCCUACCAUGCCUCUGAUAGAACAUGUGAUCCAAAUAAGAAAAAUGCUAAGGUUGUUACCAUUGAUGGAUUUGAAGAUGUCCCAGAAAAUGACGAGAGCUCCCUGAAAAAGGCUGUGGCAAACCAACCUGUUAGUGUUGCUAUUGAAGCUGGUGGCAGAGCUUUCCAACUCUACCAAUCGGGUGUUUUUACAGGACACUGUGGCACAGAUCUAGACCAUGGUGUGGUUGCUGUUGGAUAUGGUACUGAAAACGGUGUGGAUUACUGGAUUGUGAGGAACUCAUGGGGUCCCAAUUGGGGAGAGAGCGGCUACAUAAAGUUGGAGCGCAAUGUCGCUGAGAAAACUGGCAAGUGUGGUAUCGCAAUGGAGGCCUCGUACCCAACAAAGACAGGUGGGAAUCCCCCUAAACCUUCUCCUUCCCCUCCAUCUCCUGUGAAGCCCCCCACUGUCUGUGAUGAGUACUACUCAUGCCCCGAGGGAAGCACAUGCUGCUGUUUGUACGAGUAUGAAAACUACUGCUUUGGAUGGGGAUGCUGCCCCCUUGAGUCUGCUACUUGCUGCGAUGACCAUUACAGCUGUUGCCCGCAGAAUUACCCUGUUUGCGACCUUAAUGCUGGAACUUGCAGAAUGAGCAAGACCAACCCAUUAGGAGUAAAAUUAUUGAAGAGAACACCUGCUCUUAAGGCGCGGCCUCAUUCAAAUAUUCUCAAGAGGAUUAUCGGCUCUUAAAAUCACUACAGGGCCGUUUGGAGUCUGGGGAGAAGGAAAAGCCAGCAGGCUUGGAAUGGAAAAUAAUAUUUGUUGAUACACCACCCCAUUGAAUACCUUGAUGCAGUCUCCCAUUGGCGAUUAUUGUGAAUAUAACUUUGAAUCAUUUGUUUAAGCAACAUCUAUGGAUUCUCACCAUGAUUUUUGUGUGUGUGUGUGUGUGUGUAUAUAUAACAUGCCAGCAUUUAUUUACAUCAGAUGUGGUUGCUGCUGACAUAGAUUGAAGUUUUUUUGCAAUUGUUAUCGUUUAUACUUGUUGGGGGGUCUUAAAAGUAUUUUUCAAGUCC